AGCUGGAGGUGGGGACGUCUGCAGCUGUGCGCCAGCGAGCGGGGAGCCCGGCCUGGAGUCCACGCAGGCAGGGGCUGUGAGGGGACGGAGCCUCGGCCUCGGCCUCCGCCCUGCGUCUCCAUGGGGUCCUAGGCGCCGCCGGAGGGCAGCAGCCGCGUCCCAGCCCAGCCUGACCAGGAGCCCACGUCGUGCCUUGGCUUCACCAGGUCCCAGCUCUUUCCCGCUGGACAUACAUGGCGCUGCUGCGAAAAAUCAAUCAAGCGUUGCUGCUCCUUCUGAUCGUGACCGUCUGCGGGAUUCUGUAUAAGAAAGGGCAUGAGGGGGCCGUGCCCAGGCACUGGGCAGAUGAGGACUCGGAGCCUCCAGAGGACCUGGAAGAUGAGAUCCCUGUGGUGAUCUGUGCCGCAGCUGGGCGGAUGGGUGCCACCAUGGCCGCCAUCAACAGCGUCUACAGCAACACCGAUGCCAACGUCAUGUUCUACGUGGUCGGGCUCCGGAACACUCUGCCUCGGAUACGGAAAUGGAUCGAACAUUCCAAACUCAGGGAAAUUAACUUUAAAAUUGUGGAAUUCAACCCUACAGUCCUUGAGGGGAAGAUCAGACCAGACUCGUCGAGGCCUGAAUUGCUCCAGCCUGCCGCUUCCUCCUCCUCUGUGCGCUUCGACCUCUCCGGAGCUGGUGGAAGCUGUGACCAGGGUCAGUGUGACGCCCCAGAACCUGCAGAAGACGUGAGCCUCUACCCCCUCCCUCCCCACUGUCUUGUUCUGACAGCUGAACUUCGUUCGCUUUUACCUCCCUCUUCUUAUCCACCAACACGAGAAAGUCAUCUACUUGGACGACGAUGUCAUUGUGCAAGGGGACAUCCAGGAGCUGUACGACACCAGCCUGGCGCUGGGCCAUGCGGCGGCUUUCUCGGACGACUGCGACCUGCCCGCAGCACAGGACGUCAGCAGGCUGGUGGGGCUGCAGAACACAUACAUGGGCUACCUGGACUACCGCAAGAAGACCAUCAAGGACCUGGGCAUCAGCCCCAGCACCUGCUCCUUCAACCCCGGUGUGAUCGUCGCCAACCUGACGGAGUGGAAGCAGCAGCGCAUCACCAGGCAGCUGGAGAAGUGGAUGAAGAAGAACGUGGAGGAAAACCUGUACAGCAGCUCCCUGGGCGGCGGCGUGGCCACCUCGCCCAUGCUCAUUGUGUUCCACGGGAGACACUCCACCAUCAACCCGCUGUGGCACAUCCGGCACCUGGGCUGGAGUCCCGACGCCAGGUAUUCGGAGCGCUUUCUGCAGGAGGCGAAGCUGCUGCACUGGGACGGAAGAUACAAGCCCUGGCGCCUCCCCAGCGUCCACACCGACCUGUGGCAGAGCUGGUUUGUCCAGGACCCGGCGGGGGUGUUCAGAGUCGGCCACGACGGCUGAUGCGGCCCAGCACGAACAGGUUUUACGUGAACGUGGGACUGUCCCUGGGUAGCCGGUCCUAACUCUGUUCUUCAUGGACACUG